AUGUCGAGAACAACAAGUGCCAUCGUGGUGCGUGAACCGAACGGGGCGGUGGCUCUGGAGCCCAUCAUCCUUGGCGAGAUCAGGCCAGAUGAAGCGCUUGUUGAGAUCCACGCAACUGGAGUUUGUCAUACCGACUUGUUAUGUAUGAAGGGUAAGCUACCCGCGCCAACGCCCAUCGUGCUGGGUCAUGAAGGCGCUGGUGUCGUUGUCGCCAAGGGAAAAGAUCUCAAGGACAUCGAGCCCGGUGAUAAAGUCAUCUUGAGCUACAGCUACUGCGGUACCUGUGAGCAGUGCGUCGAUCACCAUGAGCCGUACUGCCAGGCCCUGCUCCAGCUCAACUUCGGAGGCGCGCGAGGUGACGGCACGUCCGCACUGAAGCUGCCGAGCAAUGGCGCCAGCGGCCUCCAUGGCCACUUCUUCGGGCAGAGCUCCUUCUCACGGCACGCCAUCGUCAGCGCCGCCAGCUUGGUCAAGGUGCCGCCAGACACGCCGUUGGAUCUCUUCGCUCCCCUUGGCUGUGGCCUCCAGACAGGCGCCGGCGCUGUCUUGAACACACUAAACGUCCAGCCCGGUACCUCCCUGGCCGUCUUCGGCGUCGGUUCGGUGGGCAUGAGUGCCAUCAUGGCCGCCAGAUUGCGCAGCGCCGGGCACAUCAUCGCUGUAGAUAUGGUGCCUGCUCGCCUCGAGCUGGCCAAGAAGCUCGGCGCAACCGACACUAUCCUGGCAUCGGAGAAGGAUGUCGUCGACCGCAUCAAGGCCCUAUGCCCGCCAAACGGCGUCAAGUACGCCCUUGACUGUUCCGGCAACCCGCAAGCCGUGGCGUCCAUGAUUGACGCGCUCGGCACGCGCGGUCGAGCCUGCAGCGUCGGUGCUCCAGCCCCGGAUGUUCGCACUAGCGUCAACAUCUUCGCCCAUCUCAUCAAUGGCCGUGAGUACGUGGGUUGUCACCAAGGCGAGAGUCUCGCUAAAGAGAUGAUUCCAUUUCUAAUCCGGCAGCACGCUGAUGGAAAGUACCCCUUAGAGGAGCUUAUUACAUACUAUAAUGCUGAGGAUUUUAAGACAGCUUUUUCAGAUACUGAAAAGGGCGUAACUAUUAAAGCUGUGUUAAAAUGGGUAACGUAUAUGAUAAGCGAGUCGGACAGACAAGUGAGUCGGACAAAAAUCGGAACCUAUAAGAGAUAA